GACACCUACCGGUCGACGAUGGCUUUCAACACUCUACAUCGUUUCAGCGGAGGCUAGUUUCUUUGGAAACUUUGUCAGAUGGAGAGGAUCAAAAGACUAAGCUAAUACAACACCAGAAGAGCUGUACCUAGAACUAGCUCCAAAAUAAAAAACAGAAGGAUGGCUGAAAAAGCUAGUACGUCCCAAGCUGAUGAUGAUCAGCAGUACAAAAUCAGAAUGUGGUAUUCUGAUAUGGUGAUACAUCUGAGUGAGAUGAUCAGCCCAGAUAGAAAAUUGACCUGGCAGAGACUUUUGACAGCACUGGAACCAUUGUUACCUCAUGUACUCCAUGGUGACGACAUUACAUAUAUUGGAGACAUACUUGAGAAGCUGAGGGCAAAAGGAAAGAUUGAUCCUAUGAAAGGUUCCUUUGAGGAACUCCAUGACGCACUCCUUAAAGUUGACGUUGAAGCAGCCGAGGUUGUUAAGGAGACUUCAAUCAAGAUAAAAGCACUCCUGUCUGAAGGACAACCGGCAGCAAAGAAACGUAGAACCGAAAGAGAUGGAAACCAGAUAAGAGCAACAGAAAUGACUAUUUCGACGCAUAAGCUAAUAUAUGAGGUACAGGAAGGAUCUGGAGCAGCAUUCAUAAACUGUAACGUGGAUCCUGUACCAAACAGUAUUCAAUGGAAAAGAGACAAAAUACCACCACCAAAGACAAGAGUUCUUAUGGACAAUAAUAAAUACUUUUAUGGUGGGGAAGCGCCUUCACUUGUGAUAAAAACACCAAACAAAUUAAUGGAUGAAGGUUACUACCAAUGCACGGCAGAAGCCAAUGGAAAAUCAGUGGAUGGAGAUGUUGUACAACUUAAAGUGUAUGCACUUGACAAAGAAACCGAAUAUAAGCGCAGUAUGAGACGGAAACUGGAAACAAAAAAUAUCAAAUUGACUUUCAUUGGUCAUGCUCGAGCAGGGAAAACAUCUUUGAUGAGGCAGUUACUAAGGAAGCAAAUCAAACCUGGAGGCCCAGAACCUACUAAUAUGGCUGAGCUACUAUCCAAACGAAUAAGAUACAAACUUGGAAAGAGUGGAAAGGAAAGGGAAAAAAUAGAGAAAGGAAAGGACGCAGAGUUAUGCAGUCAACGCUUACGGCAACACCACAGGAAUGUAGACGAUGGAACCGUACAGGAAAUGGAAACAUCGAAUGCACUUUCAAACGAUGAUACUGGAUAUCCUGGUCAAUCAGAAGAGGGGGCUGUAGCAUCACAUACUAUUGUAUACGAAGGUCCUCCACGUCCUCCGCAACCGAUCACAGAAGACCAAAGAAAAGAUAUUGAAGAUUACAAUAAGGAAGACGAUAGUGUUGAUGACCCAUCCACAGCUUAUGUAACAAUGUUUGACUUUGGAGGAGAUGAAGUGUUUCACACUUGGCAUCAAUGUGUCAUGUCGACAAACAGUAUAUACCUGCUGGUAUUUGAUGUUUCCUUGUGGGAAAAUCCAGACAAGCAAGAUAUCAUUGUCGAUGAAAUCGCGCACUGGCUUAAUGCAGUUGCAACGUACUCACAGAGCAAAUCUGGUGAAAAGAAGUGUGCUCCACCAAUUAUCUUGAUUGGUUCUCAUAUGGACAAAAUAGAAACCGUGAGUAUGCUUCAUGAUGAUGUUUUUGAAAACACAACAUUUCACCAGAUAUACAUUGGAACUUCAUCAACUCGAACUCAGAAAAUUUGAACUAAGCCUAACUAGAAGUACUUUGUCAGUCCCGGCCGAAUUGUCUCUUUAUCCUAAUGAAAGAAAAAUUGAAUUCGAAAAAAUCCAAAAAAUUUGUAUAGACUGCAAUGGGAAAAUUUGGUCCAAACAAUAAAAAUCCUUCUUGAAAUGAUGAAAUAACUCGAACAAUCGUUCUUGAGUGUAACAACAAUCAGUGGUAAACGCCGACAUUUUUUCAACGUCAAAUUUCCGUUUGCAAUACUAGCUUUAGGUAUCUGAACUACAACCUGCUGAUUAUUAUAUGCUACUAUAAGUGUUUAAUGAAUUAAUUUAAUUGUCUGUGGAAUCUUACAGCAACUCUCGGUGAUAAAAAGUACUGCUUUACUUACCGUAAAAAAUUGUGUAUAGUGCAAAGUUUUUGAGGUUCAUUUUCAAUGAAAAAAUAAAUAAAUAAAAAAAACACCUUAUGUUCAACUAAGCAGCAGCUGAAUUCUACAGCAUAAGAUGAUAGGAAUAUGUACAUUAUCAAAGCUAAUUUACCACAUUUAUUGACAGAUUGUUUACAUUAUACUGCGAUGGGCCUCGUCAGCUAGCAAAUUGGAGUGGUCCCAUCCAGGAUGUUUAUACAAACAAAAUAUCAAUCCUACCCUCAAUUACAUUGUACCUUGUGGUUUUCACGGAAGUUUGAUCUUUUAUGGUAUCUAUACACGAUAUAUAACAAGAUUGACUGGUAAGCUGAGUACAGUGCUGGCUUACGUAAUGUAACAAAGGCUGCCAUUUUGAAUACGAAAACAAUUCUGCUGUCGUUGUGAUGGUCACAACUUUUAUAUCAAUGAAAUAAACUUGUGGAAUGGAUAGAUUUUACAGAGCAGUGCAGACGAAAAAUUUGAGUCGUUUUCACUCUGACAGAUCGUAAUUUUUAUGGCCAGUUGGUCAGUGACUGCCGCACGAGAUCAAGGCAUUAGUGUUACCCUUGCCUAAUUGCGCAUGCGUGCUGUUACAGCUUCCGUAAAUAAACAAGUUGAACGUUAUUAGUUUCUGGCAACACUCUGAAUUUAUAAGGUGAUUUAUUUAGACGUAUGAAAUAACUAACUACUGAUAUAUCAUUUCAAGUUUUGUUUGAUGGUAAUUGAUGAGAUAUUAUACAUCGUUUUGGACCUGAGUACGACAACUUGCUCAAAUGAUAUCUUAUGUACAGCAGAUGUUUGACUCACGAUCUACUUAGAUAAAUCCAAGUAAUUGCUUAUAAAUACACAAUAUCAAGGAAUUAAAAAAGCCAAAUAACUAUUUAUUUCUUUAUUUGUUAACUAAUUACUUACUUAAUGCUAUAUAUAUAAGCAUUGGUAAAUCAUAAUCCUGCUGUUGAAGGAAACGAUCAUAAAUCUCAGAUCACAUUCAUGCAUCUAACUGGCAAAAGCAUGUACUUGUGUAUACAUUAAUUGUAGUGCGCAGUGGAUUUUUUCACUUCUCAAAUUUUGAAAAAAAAUGUGUACUAUACACGAAUAUUUACGUUACAUCAGGUAAUUUCCCAAAGGGGUUGCCAAUAAUAAUACCCAAUAUACUAACAGUCAAACAACAUAUCUACCUGCUCGUUCAAGCGGAACCAAUAAAGUUCACACAUCAGUAGUCGACUGUUGUUUGUACAAAUAUAGAAAUGAAACAGUCACUGCUGCCUGUUAAAUCUUUAAAUGACUGAAACAAUAGCGUAAUUAAUUCCGAGGUGUUCAGAGUAUGUCUGUAUAAACGUUCACCGUUGUCUUUAUUAACUCGGAUAACACACCAACUCAGUAACAGUAACAUUUUAUACACACAUGUGCAAUUCAACUUCCUGUGCUAAUACACAUGGAAACGGUGUGAUUAUCGGUAAAACCUAUAAGCCUAUCAAACA